AUAGGUAUUUAACUAGAGGGAAAAAAAUCUUCAUUUGACACUCAAAGUCACCUCUUCAAUUUAGUGCCGCACAACGGGACGCCAUUAGCUGUAUAUUAUAACAUUUAUCCGCCAAAAUCCUGGUCAUCCGUCAUUGUACUAAUCAGACACCAUGAGAUUGCUGCAGGUGACAACAGUGUUCCUGGUGGUGGCUGUGUUGUCGAUGGUGGGCAGCAGGAAGGAGGAGGAGGAGGAGGUGGAGCAGACCCAGGCCCCACACACCAAGGCUCGGUCCAGGAUCAGGGACAUCACAAACAUCAUCACUACCAGGUUGAAGAGCUUCAUGGGCAGAUCACCUAAGCAUAGUGCUGAAUCCAGCCACACUAACACGCCAAAGGAAAGGACAGUAAGGAACAACACACCUGGCUGGUCUGAAGAUGAUGUGCGAGUGUUCCCCACCAGCACUCAAGCAGAGGAUGCUGAUGCUUUCUUAGAGGACACAUCCACCCAUAAUGACAAAAACUCAGAUUGCCACUCCAAGGCCGAGUUUUGUAAUGCCAAGGAGUCCAGCACUUCUGAUGAUAGUGAUGUUUCUGAUGCAGUGUUGUCAGAGGGUGAGGAAUCCAGCACCUCUGAUGAUGAUGAUCAUCCUGGUGCUGCACCAGAGGGUGAGGAGUCCAGCACCUCUUCUGAUGAUGAUGACCAGCCUGGUGCUGCACCAGAGGGUGAAGAGUCCAGUUCCUCCUCCAGUGAUGAUGACCACCCUGGUGUUGAGGUGUCCAACACUUCACUCAACACUGUAUCACGUGACAACAAGUCCAUUCCUGAUGAUGCCGUCCAUCCCAACACUGUCUUGUACGAUGCUGAGGAGUCCAGCACCUCUGAUGACGAUGUUGAUACCACCACUUCCAGCGAGGAUGAUUAUGAAGCAUCCCUUUCCCUUUCCCCUGAGCACUUCAUGCUAGAUGACCAUGUCUCAGGUGGAGCCCUGCCUCCUAUGUCUGUACCUAUUGAAGACAUGGAAGGCAAUGCUGCUGCUGAUGAGAUGGGAGACAAUAAUGUUUGUGACAGCUUAGAAGCCAACGCUCCUUGUAAUGACAUGGGUGAUUUUAGUGCUGAUGAUAAUGAUGAUUCUGAUAACACUGAUUUUGAUAUGGAAGAUGAUUUAGAUUAUGAUGAUGUAGAUGACUAUGAUGAUGAUUCUGAUUAUGACACAGGAGGUGAUUCUGAUGAGGAUUCUGAUGAUGACAUAGAAGAUAUUUUCAUUGAAGGGGAAGGUGGUGGUCUUGCUGCUGAGCAUCACAACACUACUAGUAGCCUAGAUGAUGCUGAUGAUCAUCAUGACUAACUUUAUUGAUGAUGUAGGGAAGGUAUAUGCAGUAGUAGUGGAAGCUAGUAAAACACCAUGUGGUUGUUUUGCAGUCUAUUUUCUACAAGGCAGGUCAUAUUUUUAUAUCAUUAUUGUGUAUGGACCAAAGUUGUAGCAUUUCUACUUAGUUUAUUGAAAUAUAUUUUUACACACCUUUAA